AUGAACAGUGUGAAAUAUAGUCUGGCCACCCUCAAUAGGCUGCUUGAAGUCUGCGGUGCUGAUCAGGCUAUUGGACACAAUAUUGCAUGCUCAUCUCGCAAAACCAUCGCCACAAGCUCUAUCGGAGCCAAGGCAACUGAGCUAAAUCUACAGGUUGUUGUAAAUGCCUUCCAUGGCUUUUCUCAUGACCGCCGCUGUCAGCUUCGCAAUCACCCUUUAUACCUGAGUGGCCUGGGCCUUGAAGACCUUGAAACUUGUGAAUGCAUCUUCGCUAGCUCAAAUAGUACUGCAGUCCUGAUUAGACAUGUGUCAUACUUCCAUUGGAUGCAGUUCCUUGACCUCCACUUUGAUCAGUGGGACAUGGACAGGUACACUGACCUCAGUACAUUUUUGUACAAUAAUUAUGUUCAAGCCCUCCGAAUCAUUGAGACAGACACGCCCGUGCUUGAGGAGUUCAAACGGCUCCAUAGUCUUAUGGAUGCGGACUUUAUAAACUGGCAGAACGAGGAGUAUGAUUAUCUUUGUGAGGUUGCUAUGGAACCUACUUCAGAUGCAAUCGCAGUGGCCCAUGUUGAACAGCUUGAGAAGCUUUACUAUGUGGAAGCAAUGUAUGGCCAUCUCACUACUGUUCCCUUUCUGAUGUAUACUCCCGCAAAUUUUACUCGCACCUCCAGCCUCAAUGUCACUUCUCGCAACAGUUCUAAGGUGUUUGAAUCUGAACACACAUCCGCAAUAUGCAAAUAUGAGCUGCAAUUGAACGUUGUUGAAGACUUCGAGCUCUGUCAUGGUAUUACAGAGCAGUGGCUACCGCACGACUCAAAAUAUGUGCAAGCAGCCCAAUAUUCUCAGGAACGUCAAUUCAUUCGCUCGGUUGAGGAGUUAGAGGGUUUAGUUGUUCGGUAUCUUUUUGAGCUAUUGAAGGCCAAUCUUGCUGGCACUGGCAGGUUACAAGAUGCGAAAUACAACAAACUCGCACCCUUACAGAAUCCACCGCAUCCUGUGCUCAACUACUCUGAAAUAGUCGGAUAUGCAUCUCUUGGCGAGUUCUCACUUCUGAAGCACUCACGGCACAAUAUACUCACAAAACCGUGGACUGUAUCUACUAAUCGUGAGAUGGCCACAAAAUAUUUCAAGUUGGUGCGAUCACAUGAAGAGAUUGUACAGCUCAAUGUUGAGAUCAAGCGCCUACAGAGUUGGGUCGAGGACGAGGACAGGACUAUCUUGGAAGCCAUUGAUUCACUCCUUGCUAACGACCCAGAAUCUUUACUUGUAGCAGAGCUGCAGAUAUAUUAUGCCAAGCACCACUGCAUCAACAACAUUCAUCGCAAGCGGCUCCAACACAUUUACACACUCGACCAAUACACAGGUGAACGCCCCACUACAAACCAGACAGUCACAGGCACCUGA